UUGUAGACAACUUCAAACAGCUGCUCUUCCCAAAAGCGCUGCGAGUUUAUCAACGUUUCGCAAAUGGGAUUCUGUCCCAUUUCACUACCAUCCCAUUGACUUUGUGGGAGGGUUCGCUUGGUCCUAUCUCCUGCACGUUUGACGCAAGGUGCCCGUUUCUUGAAUGACAACUCUUUGUGGGAACGUAUCCCGACUUGUCGCGAGACAUUCAUUCCUAACACAAAGCCUCAGAGGAAUGAGCUCUAUCCGGGAAGUUCAGAUACCAGUGCCAUGGGGGCACAUUGCAGGCCGCGAGAGCGGGCCGACCGACGGCCGGCCGCUGCUGAUGCUGCACGGCUGGCUCGACAACUGCGGCACCUUCGACGCCGUGCAGCAGCACCUGCCGCAGACCUACCGCUGCGUCAACAUUGACCUGCCCGGUCACGGCCUCUCCAGCCACAUGCCGGUCGGCUCCACCUACAGCCUGAUGCAGGGCGUGCUGUUUAUCCGGCUAGUGCGCGACCACUUCGGCUGGCAGCGCUUUUCGCUGAUGGGCCACAGCAUGGGCUCCGGCAUGUCCAUGCUGUACGCGGCUACCUUCCCCGAGGACGUGGAGUCGCUUACCGUGCUCGACCUCGUCAAGUUCUUGACGCGCCCAGUCGACCAGCACCCGAGCAUUACUCGCGACGCCGUGCUCGCGUUCGGCGAGACGGAGCGCAAGUUGUCGGCCGGCUCGCGGCCGCAGUACGGCUACGACGAACUGCGCCGCCGGCUCGUCGAAGCCGUCAGUGACCUGGACGACGCGGCGGCCGACUCGGGCGGCACGUGGAUCGGGCCCGAAGAGGAGGCGGCCGCGCUGGACAUCUACCGAGGCGCCGUGCCCGAACUGCACGUGCUCCGUGCGCCCGGCGGACACCACGUACACCUCACGCACCCGGAGAACGUUUUGCCGCACAUCAACGGCUUCCUGCGCGGAGAGCCGACCGCCGCGGGGUCGGAGACGGCGACGGCCGACACCGAGUCGUCCGCGUUACGGAGCGGUUUAUAGGCGCCUCGGACGGCCAGCGAGUUUAGCGGAAUUGGGAGCCGGUGGCUGCCAGCCCUCCUUUCGCACGUCGGGCCGGCCGCCGCCGGACG